AUGUCCAAUCGUAUUGUGCCGAUUUUGAGAGAGAAUGCAACCGCCAUUUCCGCCAUUGGAAGAAGCUCUAGAGUUAGGCAACAAUUUAUUUUCUCUGUAUUGAAGUCCUGUGUUUCUUUUCGUAAUCUUGCAAAAACCCAUGCGCAAAUAGUUGUCAGCGGCUUUUCCCAGAAAAAUUACAUCCUUAACCAUCUUUUGUCGCUCUAUAUCUCUUUUGGUUCUCUUGGAAGUGCCCAGAAAGUAUUUGAGGACAUAACUGCACCGAGUACGACUGUGUGGAACCAGAUAAUUAAAGGCCAUACGCGGAGCAAAACGUCAAAAAAAUCAAUUGAGUUGUUCAAACGAAUGACAUUGGCGGGAGUUGAAGCUAAUGGGUUCACGUAUUCGUUUCUUUUGAGUGCGUGUGUGAGGUCGAGGUUAUUCAGAGAAGGGGAACAGAUUCAUGGGAGAGUUUUAGUGAAUGGGUAUUGGUCCAACUUGUAUGUCAGAACGAAUUUGAUCAAUUUAUAUGCAAAUGGUGGAGAUGGAGGGGAUUUUGAUCUUAAGCGUGCGCUUUACUUGUUUGAUGAAAUGCCUGACUCAAAUGUCGUGGGUUGGAAUUCCUUGCUUGCAGGGUAUGUUAGACGUGGUGAUUUUGAUGGGGCUAGAAAAGUUUUUGACGAGAUGCCUGAAAGGAAUGUCCGGACAUGGACUAUAAUGGUUGCAGGGUUUGCUCAAAAUGGCCAGUGUAAGCUAGCUUUGUCACUAUUUGAUCAAAUGAGAAGGGCCGGUGUGGAAUUGGAUCAGGUGGCAUUGGUGGCUGCAUUGUCAGCUUGUGCUGAAUUGGGAGACUUGACAUUGGGAAAAUGGAUUCAUGGGUAUGUUGAAAGAACAUGGCGGAGUAGACACCUCCCAGUAUUGGUGUCUUUGAACAAUGCUCUGAUACAUAUGUAUGCAAGUUGUGGUGCUAUGGAUUUAGCAUAUAAGCUGUUCGAAGAAAUUCCUCAACGAAACACUGUGUCUUGGUCGAGCAUUAUCACUGGUUUUGCGAAACAGGGUUGUGGAGUAGAAGCCAUUAGAAUCUUUCAGUUGAUGUUGUGCUCUGGUCAAAAUGAAGUCAGACCUGAUGAGAUCACCUUCAUUGGAGCUCUCACUGCUUGCAGUCAUGCCGGUUUAAUCAGCGACGGUAUUCGACUUUUCCAGUCUAUGCACAAAACUUUCGGAGUUAUCCCGCAGAUUGAGCAUUAUGGAUGCAUGGUUGAUCUCUUGAGCCGUGCAGGCUUACUGACUGAAGCGUUGAGUCUGAUUGAAAGCAUGCCAAUGAAGCCAAACAAUGCUGUGUGGGGAGCACUUCUCAGUGGCUGUAGACUUCACAAGAAUGACGAGAUCGUAUCCCAUGUUGCAAAACAUUUGUCUUUCGAAAUCGAUCCCAACAAUCAAGCUGCUGGAUACUUCAUGCUCCUAGCUAAUGUUUAUGCUGCAGACGGUCGUUGGCAAGACACUGCUACCGUCAGACGGAACAUGCACGACAUAGGAGUGAAGAAACCUUCAGGAAGAAGUUGGAUCGAGAUUAAUGGAGUCUUAUGUAGUUUCAUGGUGGGGGAAGAGACUCAUAAGGAUGUGAAUUUAAUUUACGAAAUGCUUGGUAACAUAACCAGACAAACCCAGAUGGGAGAGCUGCAAAUCUAA